CCUUUCCUUCUUUGCUCCAAACUCAGAACCUCCUUUUUUCUUUAAAUUUUUAUUUUAUAAUUUUCAAUUAAAAACAGUAGAAACUAAAUAAAGAUAUUUUAUUUUAUUUUAUUGUUUUUUAUUCUGCUUUCUGUAUUAUGUCGAACUCGAAUAUUUGAAAGCCUGAAAUUGGGUUUUUUGGCUUUAUUGUUUUCGAUUUUCCCACAGUUUUCUCUCUCUAGAUCAAAUCUCGGGCAUAGGGUUUUCUCCCUGUGAUUUCAUCGAUCUGCUCGCUCUCUAUCUCAUUGGCCGUUUCUGUUUUUUUUUUUUUGUUUGUUUCCUUCUUGGCUCUGAUCAAGGCGGUGGAGUUUUAAUAUUAUGGUUGUUUAGGCUGUUAAAAUUAGUGAUUUUGGGUUAGCAUUUUUUUUCUCAAUAUUUAAGCAUUUCUUCUUAGAGGAAGAAAAAGGGGCUGUAGGAUUGCUGCAAGAAGUGAAGAAAGUGAGAUGGUGUAAGAAGUAUGAAUAUGGAUAAGAAUCUGUAUAUUUAUACAAAAUGGGUAGCAAGCUUGGAGCUAUUUACAUUGACAUUUCGUGAGUAGGUGGUGUGGUGUUUGUUAGUUACUGUAGAAUGCUAUAACAUAAGUUUUGAAGAAUGGAUGAAGAAAGAAUGUUGCAUCCCAGUUGGAUCGACAAGAGUCCUGCUGAAAUGGAAGCCGUUUCACGACUUUUCAUUUUCUCUUGUGUUAUUGCUGGCCUAGUUGGUCUUAUGACUAUAUUUUACACAGCUUUCCAGUGGAGAAGAAACAUUAACUUAAGUUGGAUGAAAGCUGUAGCUAGGUCGAAGAAAAACCCAAAGGCCAAUCCUAAGGUACCUGUGGCUCCUCAUACUUGGGAGUUGGAAUCUUUAUCCCGUGGAAAGAAUUUAAACUGCUGUGCUUGCUUAAAGCCAAUGUCACCAUCCCAAACCCUAGGGCCUAUGAUAGCUUCAGAGAGUUUCAUACACUGUUGUAGAAUCUGUGGUGCAGCGGCUCACUUGAUUUGCUCUUCAAGUGCACACAAGGAUUGCAAGUGUGUAUCCAUGAUCGGCUUUGAGCAUGUGAUGCACCAGUGGGCAGUUCGAUGGACACAGCUUACUGAUCAACCUGAUGAAUCUUCUUUCUGUAGCUAUUGUGAAGAGCCAUGUAGCGGGUCUUUUCUUGGUGGAUCUCCUAUAUGGUGUUGCUUGUGGUGCCAACGACUCCUACAUGUGGACUGUCACAGCAGUAUGUCUAAUGAAACACGUGAUAUUUGUGAUUUAGGACCAUUUAGAAGGCUGAUUCUCUCACCUCUUUAUGUUAAGGAGUUGAACCCUAAUUCUGGAUUUCUGAGCUCUAUCACACAUGGUGCAAAUGAGCUUGCUUCUUCAGUACGGGCAACCAUUAGGAGUCAGGGCAAGAAACAUAAGCAUAAUAAUGAAACCUUGGUUGAUACAGGUAGUAAUGGUAGCAUCUCUGACAUAUCUACAGAGAACACAGCUGAUACCCCACAAAAUGAAAAUGGUUCUCAUGCAUUAGAAGAGAACUGCAACGGAAGCAUGAAUGUGAGAACCCCUUGCCAAGAUGGUGGCACUGAGAAGAAAAUGGAAUCAAAGCCUAGUUUCAAAAGAAGUGGAUCGAUUAAUCAGAAGGACGAGUCUCAGGCAUUAAGAAUGAAGCAAAGAUAUGAGUUGAUAGAUCUGCCACCAGAUGCAAGACCGUUACUGGUUUUCAUCAACAAGAAGAGUGGUGCACAGCGUGGAGAUUCCCUCAGGCAGCGCUUGAACCUUCUUUUGAAUCCUGUUCAGGUUUUUGAAUUGAGUUCAACACAGGGACCAGAGAUGGGUCUUUUUCCAUUCAGAAAGGUGCCUCACUUCAGAAUACUUGUAUGCGGGGGAGAUGGUACUGUUGGUUGGGUUCUUAAUGCAAUAGACAAGCAAAAUUUCAUUUCUCCACCUCCAGUUGCUAUUCUCCCUGCUGGAACUGGAAAUGAUUUGGCCAGGGUUCUGUCCUGGGGAGGUGGUUUGGGCUCAGUGGAGAGACAAGGAGGCCUUUGCACAGUGUUGCAACACAUAGAGCAUGCUGCUGUGACCAUUCUUGACCGCUGGAAAGUAGCUAUUUUGAACCAACAGGGGAAGCAACUUCAAUCUCCAAAAUUUAUGAACAACUAUCUUGGGAUUGGUUGUGAUGCGAAGGUUGCUUUGGACAUUCACAACUUACGAGAGGAGAACCCUGAGAAGUUUUACAAUCAGUUUAUGAAUAAAGUGCUUUAUGCAAAAGAGGGUGCUAGGAGUAUAAUGGAUAGGACAUUUGCAGAUUUUCCUUGGCAAGUUAGAGUAGAAGUGGAUGGUGUUGAGAUAGAGGUCCCUGAGGAUGCAGAAGGUGUGCUUGUUGCAAACAUUGGAAGCUACAUGGGGGGUGUAGACCUUUGGCAAAAUGAGGAUGAGACAUAUGAGAAUUUUGAUCCCCAGUCUAUGCAUGAUAAAAUACUAGAGGUCGUGAGCAUAUCUGGAACUUGGCACCUUGGAAAACUGCAGGUGGGUCUUUCUCGUGCUCGAAGACUUGCACAGGGACAGUCAAUUAAGAUACAGCUGUUUGCUGCAUUGCCUGUUCAAAUUGACGGAGAACCUUGGUCUCAGCAGCCAUGUACAUUGUUGAUAUCACAUCAUGGACAGGCCUUCAUGUUGAAGAGGACAGCUGAGGAACCUCUAGGUCAUGCAGCGGCCAUAAUAAUGGAUGUGCUUGAGAGUGCUGAAACAAAUCACAUAAUUAAUGCUUCACAGAAGCGAGCUCUUCUUCAAGAAAUGGCAUUAAGGCUUGCUUAAAGGUUUUUUUCUCAGAUACUUACAGUCAGCGAUCAUGUUCUUGUUGUGCAGGCUUUUCGCAAAAAUAUUUCUUGUUUUAUAUAAUCUCUCUGUUUCCUCUUUUUAUACAAUGUAUACAUCAUGGUUUCUGCCAAAGCUUCUUGUUGAAGUGUUUUUGUAUAUGAAUCUUCUUAAACAUUAAUAUGAAAGGAGCCGCUUAUUGAUCGCAGUUUGCACAAUCAAAGAUGAGAUUUUUAGAGUUGAUAAAUUCUGUACAUUCCACAACUCAGGUAGCGCCAGUUGAUUAUACGUCUUUUAGCUCAUUGGGCUGCUUAUUACUCUCAAGCAGCCCUUGUUUGACCUUGUUCCAAACUUUAGCAGCAAGCUUUCUGGUAACUUCCUUUUUUCUCCUGUUGCUUGCAUUUCUGUUAAUGGUUGCACAGGUUUAAGUGUGAACAUAAAACUCUCUUUGGUGCUUCUGAAUUUUCUCCGUUUGCACGAUCUGAACAUUGAGAAUACAAGGGAGAUUUUAGGUAGCACAAGUGACCUGGUGAGGAGCCACUAGAUUGAUGCAUUGCCUUGUUCAACUGGUAUGUCACAGCUCGGAGCUCAUGAGUUGUAGAGGGUGCUGCCAUUGUUCCUAGGGCUUAGCCUUGUGAUAGGGUUCAGACUUUGGAGGUGGCCAUAAGUCGGAGAGCUGGAUGGUAUCGGCAUCCCCCUCAGGGUUUUACGAUAUGGGGAAGGCCGGACACUCUCCUCUGAUGUUUCUCCCAUUAGAAAAAUGGUUAUGAUGUGUGUCAAGUUUCCUAGCAGGUUUUUGGGUUUUGAAUGUGUUGAAAUCAGGAAUGCACCUUGCAAGUAACGAUAGGUGACUGCCAUAACCAUGCUAAACAAGAAAUUUGCUUUGUAUUCUACGCUUUGAGCAUGUUUUCGCGUAGAUUUUGGCCUGUCAUAUAGGUGGUUUGAGAUGAGGUUAAUAGUACACAUUUUUCUAUAUCAGAACAUGCCGUAGAUCAGUGCCAAAAAGAGGAUAAAUAAAAG